CCUACAUCACACAUCAUAUUACAAUAUGCAUAAUAGUUCGAAACAUUCCCUUCUGGCGCGUCGUUCGUUAUUUUGUUUUGUUUUGUUUUGUUUUGUUUCGCUUCGCUUUUUUUAUAUAUAUUUUUUAUUACUUUUUGUUUUUGUUCAUUUCGCUUUAUUUCGUAAUUUGGCAUUUUUUUUUCUUUCUUUUUUUUUUUACCGACGACGACACCCGACGACGAUGGCGACGAAGACGAAGCCGGCAAGAGACAAGUUUUUUUUCUCGUCACGCGCGUGAAGGGGUAGUAGCAGUAGUAGCGUGGUAGUCGUGCCUGGUAUACAUACGUCCCGUACCUGCAGAUGCUUUUUAUUUAUAUAUUCAUUUAUGUAUUUAGUUAUUUAUUUAUUGAGAGGACAUCGAUGGCCGGUCACUCUUACGCGUGGAUUCGUAAAAGGCUGUAAGAGGUUGCGACGUGUCGACCUUAGUAAUAGCUACUGGCUCGGAAGUUCUCAUCUUGUCGACCUUCUCGGUUCAAAUCCCGGACUCACGCAUUUGGACUUGACCGGUUGCAACGGGCCGCAGAUGCGGUGCGACUUUAUCGAGAUAACCAAAUGUCGUAAUCUCACGUCUGUAAGGCUAAGAGGCUGUGACUGGGUCACCACAGAUUUCCUAUUGUCAUUAGUUCGGUACAACUGUAACCUUCGACAACUUGUAUUAGCCGAUUGUUAUCAAAUAUCCGACGAGGCUGUGGAGUCCAUGUUCAAGUUUCUCACAACAUUGACCGAUCUCAGUUUGGAGAAGACAGCCAUCACGGAUAAAACUCUUCUGGCAAUGGUCGAACACGGUGUCACGGCGAUCGAGUAUCUCGACUUGCGUUACUGCCACGGAAUCACCGAUUAUGGUCUGAUGCUACUGAGACCGUUACGAUCUAUGAAAAGACUUUGGAUCCUCGGUUGUCGUUCGAUUACCGAACGUGGUCUCGCGAGCUUUCGCGAGCGUAUGGAAAUCGAUCUUUCUCAGAGACCGAUCUGCGCGAUCGACCUCCGUCCUUGCAAGUAUAACAUUUUUUCCGGCUCGUUUCUCUUCCUUCUCUUCUUUCGCGUGUAUUUUGGUCAUUAAGAUCUUCCUUUUUCCAAUGGACGCUGUGCUGCAUUCUUUCGGCAUCACGUAACAUCCGCGCCAACCGUAAAAUACAUUUAUAUUCAAAGUAAGAAGAUAUAAGUUAAACUGAGGAUGGAUACAUUUUUGCAGCGAACAAUCACACGCAAAAUAGAAUAUUGAAUAGAAUAUUGAAUAGAAUAUUGAAAAUAGAAUAUUGUAAAAUGAUCGUACGAUAACUCGUCAAACUAAAUAAUCGAUGUUGCAUCUUUGGAUGCAUCCACAAUAUGGCGGACGA